GUUUUAAUUCGAUGUUUGUAGAGAUUACAAUAGGUCGGGAAGCACAAGAUUACACCCAAAUCAGCCCUAUGCGCGAGUUAGUCUCAGUUUCUGAUCGCCGACAACAUCUAUUCCUCUCAUAUCAGUUAAAGAUUGCUGGGAGAUUGUGUGACAAUCUACUCACCUGUGUUGUACGAGCAUGGGACUACUACAACAAGCCGUUCUUUGUUGCACCAGCCAUGAACACCUUGAUGUGGAAGAAUUGCUUCACGGAGCGACAUAUCAUGUCAACUGGUGAACUUGGAGUGUCACUCAUCCCUCCUGUCCCAAGGAGGCUGGGUUGUGGGGAUUACGGGAAUAGAGCAAUGGUUGAACCCUCUUUGAUUUAUUAUACUGUAAGACUCUUUUUUGUAUCACAAGUUCAACAUAGUGGCAGUAUUGUAUAUGAACCAGUAUAUCUAAAACCAUGGCAGAAUGCUUUUGACGACAAACAUGUGAGCCUCAAAGCCACUGCCCCAUUUAGAUGUGAGCCUCACUAAAAUGGCAAUGGUACCUUUUCUGAUGGAUUCUUUCAAAAUAGAAAUAAUUUUCUUUUUAAACACUUGCCAACUCCCAAUCCAACCCAUUCCUACUAAUCCCAGCCAUUCUCAUCUCAUUCCCAACCCAAGUCAUGGACAAAAGAAUCACCGAAAUACUAGCAAUUUCUUUUGUUAAACCCGAACCUUGUAGACAUUAUCAUGGGAACAAGUAUCCGUCAAAUAGAAACUUUCGGAGUUGUUACGUUCAUUGGCAGAAUGCUUUUGACAAACAUGUGGGCCUCAAAGCCGCUGCCCCAUUUAGAUAUGAAAGGGAUGUAGCCAUUCGAGCCCCAUGGGACAACGCCCUUGAAGCAUUUGAGGUCUCAUUAGAGCCUUUCAAAACAAAGGUAGAUUUGUUUCUCCUAGAGUCCAAUGUGGUGAUGAUCAGGCUAGAGCACGCAACUAAUCUUAGGCGUUUCUUUGAGAUGCAUCGUGACCAUCAUAUGGUCGGACAGACCGAGCAAUGUUGCCAUAUGAUGGUCACGAUCCAUCUCGAAGAGACGCCUGAGAUUAGUUGCGUCCUCUAGCUUGAGCAUCACCACAUUGGACUCCAGGAGAAACAAAUCUACCUUCGUUUUGAAAGGCUCUAAUGAGGCCUCAAAUGCUUCAAGGGCGUUGUCCCAUGGGGCUCGGAUGGCUGCAUCCCUUUCAUAUCUAAAUGGGGCAGCGGCUUUGAGGCUCACAUGUUUGUCAAAAGCAUUCUGCCAAGGAACAUAACAACUCCGAAGGUUUCUAUUUGAUGGAUACUUGUUCCCAUGAUGAUGUCUACAAGGUUCGGGUUUAACAAAAGGAAUUGCUAGUAUUUCGGUGAUUCUUUUGUUCAUGACUUGGGUUGGGAAUGAGAUGAGAAUGGCUGGGAUUGGGAGGAAUGGGUUGGAUCGAGAGUUGGCAAGUGUUUAAAAAGAAAAUUAUUUCUAUUUUGAAAGAAUCCAUCAGAAAAGGUACCAUUGCCAUUUUAGUGAAACAAAGCGUUGUAUGGAGGGAUUCUGAUGAGAUUCCUAUUCCUGGACUUCACGAAGAAGAGAGAGAGAUGGGGAAAGUAAUGUAAUGACUUUUGUAUAUUUCUUUUUUUCUUAAUGCUCUUAGCAAUUUACACAAAGGAAAA